CACCUUUUCUUCAUCUAUUUUCUCUCUAUCUGCGCCGGUGCGCUGCCGCCUCCUCCGCCACGCGCCGCCGUGCUCCGAUUUGUACUCAGAUCCACUCGUUUUUGUAACAACCUUUUUCAGCUCUGAUCCAAAAAUUUAUGGUGGUAAAUUACGAAUUUACCCCUGGAUUUUUUAAUUGGUUGUUCUUUCUUAAUCCGUCAAAUUGGGGGCAUUUACGUAAAGUUCGGAUACGGUAGUUACUCACGCGCUCAUGCAAGCUACGAUGAGCCACGCGCCACGACAAUUAACGGCUUCAAAUAAGACAAAAGCCAGCGAUAAUAAAACGUUUGAUUUUCUCAAGCCGUCUAAAACACCUAAGCUAGCCAAGCCGGUUAAGCCGGUUUUACCACGAGCUGCGGCUCCAAUCAAGCCGGCUCGACCACCAAGCGAUAGUAAGCUCAUGGCUGGCUAUCUGGCUCAUGAGUACCUAACCAAAGGAACCUUGUUUGGCCAGCCGUGGGACCCGGCUCGAGCCGAUGUAGUGCCUGUUUCUGGCGCGGCUCAAUUAGCCGAUCUUAGGAAGCCGAUGAAACAGAGUGUUGUUAGCCAAAAGGGGAAGCCGGCUGAGCCGAAGCCGGGUGAUAAAAGAAAGUUUGAAAGCUACGCGCAAGUGUCGGGUAUUCUCAUGGGUAAAAAUGGAGUGCAUAUACCCGGCAUUGUUAACCCGACCCAGUUAACCCGGUUUUUGAAUCUUCAAUGAAUCAGUUAAUAAGUUAUUAUGUGGUUUGAAAUUGCCCUUGCUUUAAGAUGUUGUACAGUACAAUUGGCAAUGCUUAGUUUUUUUUUUCUUUUUUUUUAUUUUUUUUUAUUUGUUUGUUAAUGAAUUUACAGAAAUUUAAUUUUGUAGAUUUUGAGGAGGGUGUUUAGUUUUACUUUACUUUGGAAACUUAAAAUAAUAAUUAUUAAAUUUUGUCA